AUGUUAAUUUAAACAGAAAAUUAGAAAAUAAGAGAGUUUGGCAACCAUGUAAUUAUUUAUUUAAUUUUCAUUAGAAAACCCCACAUUUAGAUUAGAAAAGUGCUAAACAUAAAAAAGAGAUAAUUAUGCUUAAUUUAAACACUAAUUUUUAAGGGACUAGAUUAGCAUGUGUAAAAUGUGUUUAAGAGAAUCCUAUUUAAUAUACAGAUCUUGAAAAAGCUAAUCUAAUAUGGUAAAAUAUAUAGGAAUAAUCUCAUCAGUAAUUUAAAUAAAAUAAUGAAAAAAGAAAAUGA